GGUGUACGUCAUCAGCGGGCGCUAGAUACGGGUGAAAGGUCUGGUUUAGCUCAGGGUGGGUAGUUUUAUCAAAAGAAAGCACAAGCAUCAAGAAAGGUCAACAUGAGGAAGGUAUUCGUCUUGACCAGAGUUACUCGUCUCCUGGUGCCGGAGCGAGUCUUUCAUUCCGCAGUCGGAAGAGAAGCGUUCCACCUUCAGCAGCGGAGGUGCUUCAGAACGCACUCAAGGAAUCUCGCCUAUGCCAAGGACUUGUUCCUCGGCCAGAUUAAUAAGGCUGAAGUCUUCCCUUAUCCAGAAAUUGGAAAUGAAGAGCUGGAGGAGCUCAAGCAGUUUGUAGCACCAGUGGAGAAGUUUUUCAGUGAGGAAGUUGAUUCAGCAACAAUUGACCAUGAAGCUAAAAUCCCUGCAGAGACUCUUCGAGGCCUAAAGGAUCUUGGGCUGUUUGGAAUCAUGAUUCCUGAGGAAUAUGGGGGUCUGGGAUUGUCCAACACCAUGUAUGCACGGCUGAAUGAGAUCAUAGCUCUAGAUGGCUCUAUAGCUGUAACUCUGGCGGCCCAUCAAGCCAUUGGACUGAAGGGGAUUCUGUUGGCUGGGAAUGAAGCUCAGAAGAAGAAGUACCUGCCCAAACUUGCCUCAGGAGAGCACAUCGCAGCUUUCUGUCUCACAGAAUCUGGAAGUGGAAGUGAUGCUGCAUCUAUUCAGACCCGUGCAACAUUGUCUGAAGAUGGAAAACAUUACCUAAUCAAUGGUUCUAAGAUUUGGAUCUCAAACGGGGGAAUGGCUGAUAUUAUGACUGUGUUUGCCAGAACUGAAGUGGAAGUAGAUGGCGUGAAGAAAGAUAAGAUUUCUGCUUUUGUUGUUGAGAGGGCCUUUGGUGGCGUCACGAGCGGAAAACCAGAAGACAAACUGGGCAUCAGGGGUUCCUACACUUGUGAGGUGUCGUUUGACAAUGUUCCAGUACCAGUGGAAAAUGUAAUCGGAGAAAUCGGAGGUGGAUUUAAGAUUGCCAUGAACAUCUUGAACUCAGGGAGGUUCAGUAUGGGCAGCUCGUGUGCUGGAAUGAUCAAAAAACUGAUAGAGCUGACUUCAGAAUACGCUGCAACCAGGAAACAGUUUAAUAGAAGUCUGAGUGAGUUUGGUUUGAUCCAGGAGAAGUUUGCACUGAUGGCCAUUAAUGCCUUUGUGAUGGAAAGCAUGGCAUACCUGACAGCUGGGAUGAUGGACAGACCAGGAGUACCAGAGUGUUCCCUCGAGGCUGCCAUGGUGAAGGUGUUCAGCUCCGAGGGAGGCUGGGUCUGCUGCAGUGAAGCUCUGCAGGUUCUGGGAGGGCUGGGUUAUACCAAGAACUAUCCAUUUGAGCGCUACCUCAGGGACUGUCGCAUCCUGCCCAUCUUUGAGGGAACCAAUGAGAUCCUGAGGAUGUACAUUGCUCUGACUGGAAUGCAGCAUGCUGGGAAUGUCCUCACUAGGAAAGUAAAAGAAUUGAAGAAAGGAAACAUCUUCUUGGCUAUAGGCAUGGUUGGCAAGAGUAUAAGGACUUCACUAGGUGGCUCCGUAGACCUCGGUCUGACAGGGAAUGACUGGGUGGUCCAUCCUAGCUUGGAAGAAAGCGCGAAGAAACUGGAGGAGAAUGUCAGCUUCUUUGGAUCGACCGUGGAAAUGCUGCUGCACAGAUAUGGAAAGACCAUAGUGGAUGAGCAGCUGGCCCUAAAGAAAGUGGCAGACGUAGUGAUCAACCUGUACGCCAUGACGGCCGUCCUGUCUAGAGCCAGUCGCUCCAUCUGUAUCGGGCUGAGGAACCAUGACCAGGAGGUUCUGCUUACCAAUACGUUCUGCAAUGACACCUUCUUCAAGAACAACUUCCUUAUGGUUCAGCUGCAGAAGCACUCUCCUGAAAACAACGAUGCCAACAUCAAGAAGAUUGCUACAGCCGUCUUAGCGAACAGGGCCUACACCUGCUCUCACCCUCUGGAAAGAACUUUCUGAGCUCUGCAUGAAAACAGCCUGUUUUUAGUCGCGUUUAACUUAUUUAGGCUUAAUGAUUCAUGGUUGUCAGUCACAGACGGAGUAAUAACAUGUUUCUGAUAAAACUUUACUAAGUGCUCUUUCAUCCAGAUGCUGGGAGUUUCAGACCACAUGCAUAGAUCUAGACAUGUAAAUAUGUUUCUGCGGUUUUUUAAAGUGAAAACUGUGCUUUCUUCGUCGGUCAGACACUCACACCCAAAGAACAAGUCUUUUAUUUCCUCUGGUUUGUCUGAAAUUUGACCUCAUCAGAAUAAAUUCUUUACUUUAACACACCAAA